UUCCUUGUUAUGUCCUUGAAACUCACAUAGCACAGCGACAGGCAUUGGUGUAGGUACUCGUGUGCUGUGGUCCUCCCCCCUUUGCGUAACAUCUCCCAAUGUCCCAGUCCCUCCAUACCCCGCAGUCACCAGCAGUCACAUACUCCCGGCGGUACGGUCGCUCUUAUCAAGGCUUGGACACAGUGGAUGCCAAUCUCUGCUAUCGGAAGGUUGGCAAAGUGAACGCUGAUUGCCGUCUCCGUGUCUCUAAGUCGCAAUGGGGGCAGCUAGGAGAGCAGAACACUUCCGCCGGGGUGGUUUAUAUGGAUCUCACUUUCGACCAAUCGCCCCUGUGUGUUCUCCGAAGCGCCAGUGUGACAAUAUCGCUCGAGGAAAUCACUAGCAGUCGCCGUGCGCCGACCGAUGGCCACCGAUUCUCUCGGCGGCGCCGUCAGUCGGAGAUCCAUCUCCCAGACCCCCUGGAUCUCCGGAUGACGGACUAUUACGGCCCCAAGAGCUUAAGCGGAGAGCCUUCCCGGGUGACGGUCAAGAAAGCACUGAAUCUUACCCCGGAAGUGAACGUGCUGGGCAGCGGUGGCGGGGGGUUGGGCAUGAACAAAGAGAAGCAGACCAGCUACGAGAGUCGGUGGUCGUUCACCGGCCUUCUGUUACCCACCCCGCCGCGCUCGGCAUAUCGCACGUUGAAGUGGGAGUUUCACGAGAGUGAUCCCGAUCACCAAGCAUUGCGCAGAAAGAUUUUCCACACCGCGUUCGCUUUCCACCAUGACAAUCAGUCCUUCCACAUGAAGGUCGAGAUUCAGGGCAAACUUCACCGCCACCGAGAUCGUCUGAAGAAUCGCGUCCGCCAGAUGAGGUUUCCCGAUCCCUUCAAGCAAGGCCAGGGAGUCAGUGAGAUUCUCGUCCACCCCAGUAGCAAAAAGCAGUCACGCCCUUGCCGGCUGGAUGCUCUUGCUCAAGGCCUGCCAUACGCGAUGGAGCAAGAAAACGCGUUGCAAACAUCGGCCCAGCUUCCGAGUGCCCUGCCGGUGUCUUUUCAGGAUAUGAGUGCAGGGCACGGCCUUGGUAAGGCCACUCGACCACAGCCCCAAUAUUUGUCCUCGGCCUCCACUUCGAUCCCCAAGGGCGAUGAGUCCGGGACGCCGCCUCCUGGGACCAAUUCAGUCAACAGGAGUAGUAGGGCCACCGUUCACAGUCGAUCGAGUGUGUUUGAAUCCUCGCAGGCUUCAUCAGGAUCAGUGUCAGAGCACAGCGACGUCCCAAGUACUGCCAAAGAGACCGUAGACAUUCUCUCGCAAUUUCCACUCUUCCUGGUCAUCGUGCGUAUGUUUGGGAGUCUUCUAAUUUUCAUCGUGGGGAAGCAUCAAAGCGAGCAGAAACAGGUCCAAGUUUCGAAGGAUCACGACUUAACUGGGGGCAGGAGCACGCUGUUGCUGCUCCCUUCGAGUGAGCAAGACACCGGGGAUGAUGCCGAUCAGACCCAUCAUGUUGUCCGUACGGACUAAGCUCAAGUAGGUAAUAUGUACUAGGGACUCGGCAUUUAACGCCGAUUGGUCUAUGGAUUGGUCUAUUAGCUGAAUGCAUGCAAGUCUCGUCACACUUAUGCGUGUGACUCGGUUCAGG